AUGAGUAGAGGGCCGCUGCCGUCGGAGCUAUGUUUACUGUCUUGGCUGCCUCGUCGUAAAAUUGACGACAAGGUGCGGUUCCUUGGCUGUUGGGGGGGGAGCAGUGUCACGGCUUACUCGACCAAGACUGCGUGCAUCACGCUGGGCCAUCUGUACCCGCGAGGCACAAACGUGUCGGUGACGGUGAAUGUCGAGCUGCUGCUGGAGACGCUGGCGUCCGAGGCGACUCGCACGGGCGAAUGGGUCAACGUGAUUGGGUACGUCAAGGGCGUGGACGUGGUUGGGAACGGCGCGGCGGCGGUGCAGGCGCUGAUGGUCUGGCCGGCCGGACCGAUGGAUAUUCAGCAUUACGAAGCUGCGCUGGAGGAGAUGCAAGCGACGGCGCACACGGAUUCAUGA